GCGUGCGCUCGCGAUGUCAAGGGCGUUCUAAACGCAAGCACAAGGCGCUGGGCAGGUCAAACACAUCCAGUUCAUUUACACCAGCUUCAUUAUUAUUAUUAUUAUUAUUAUUAUUUAACAACAGUCAUCGGUUUAAUCAGCUCUUACAAAAAGAGCGCAUGCGUGCACGGGGUUAGGUGAAGCAUGCAUGUGUAGCAUGUGUUAUUUUUAUCUGGUGUCUUGGCAUUCCUGCAAGAGAUGUUCCCUUGACACCUGCAUCAUGUUUCAAAUUUGUAUCGCUGCUUCAGCAUUUCAACUUCACAAGGUCUGUGGACAGUGUGGAUAACCUUUUCAUGAAACUCCAGUCUGGGGUGAUUUUGUUUUGAGGUUUUUUUUUUUUUUUUUUUUUUUUUUUGAAAGUCGCAAUAGCGUUCAUGCUUUGAUUUUUCUCACAUGUGUUUGGAUGCAGGCCAAUUUCACAGCAAGAUACUAAGCACAGAGACUAAGGUGAACUGACUCUGAGAUGUUUUCCAGGCGGAUCAUCAGUGAAUACAGGUUGAAGAGGCACUGUCUGUCCCCCAUUCAAGUCUAAGCAACCUGGAGAGAAGCUGAAAAUACCCUCCUUAGAAGUCCAGUAAAAUGAAUUAGAGCUUUGGAUCAGUUUUUUUAAGUUUUACCAGGAGGAAACUGGCUAUCAGAACUGAAAGAUUUUCAUCCAGCACGCUUUUUUUUGCCUUGAUAGUCUAGCUUUUUUUCCUUUUUAAUCUCCUUUUAACUCACAUUUUUGCUUAUUUAUAAAUAAUUAUAUUAUUGCAAUCAUGGGAGCAGCAAGUUAUGGAUAUUACCGCACAGUUAUAUUCAUCUCAAUGUUUGUGGGAUACAUGCUAUAUUACUUCAAUCGGAAGACUUUCUCCUUUCUGAUGCCAUCAGUGAUGGAGGAGAUCGAUCUGGAUAAAGAAGAGCUUGGGCUGAUCACCAGCAGCCAGACUCUGGCCUACGCCAUCAGUAAGUUUAUCAGUGGAGUGCUCUCGGACCAGAUCAGCGCACGCUGGCUCUUCUCCAUCGGGCUCUUCAUUGUAGGCGCAAUAAACAUCGCCUUCUCCUGGUCAUCCACCGUCAUGCUGUUUACCGUGUUUUGGUUUGUGAACGGGUUUGGUCAGGGUUUCGGCUGGCCACCGUGUGGAAAGGUGCUUCGGAAGUGGUUUGAACCAUCUCAGUUUGGGACGUGGUGGGCCAUCCUGUGCUGCAGUAUGAACCUGGCAGGUAGUCUGGGACCCAUCAUCACUACGGUGUUGGUUCAGUACUAUAAUUGGAGAAUCAUCAUGUCCGUGUCUGGGGUGAUCUGCAUGACUGUUGCUGUCGCUUGCCUUCUGACGGUGAAGAACGAACCCAGCGAUGUGGGGUUACCCAAUAUUGAGCCUGGCUCUAAAAAGGGCAAAGGGAAAAAGGGAGGCCCUAAUGAUGAAAGCAGUCUAAAAGAGUUCCUGCUGUCUCCUUAUCUUUGGGUGCUGUCUGCCAGCUACCUGGUUGUGUUUGGAGUAAAGAUCGCCUGCACUGACUGGGGUCAGCUGUUCCUCAUGCAGGAAAAAGGCCAGUCUGCGAUGAUGGGCAGUUCGUACAUGAGUGCCCUGGAAGUCGGUGGGUUUUUUGGAAGCAUUGGAGCUGGCUAUCUGUCUGACAGGGCUGUGGCUAGGCAAGGGCUGGGUACAUAUGGUAAUCCUCGCCAUGGGCUACUCCUGAUGAUGAUGGCAGGCAUGGCUGUGUCCAUGUAUCUCUUCCGGGUUACCAUCACAGUAGAAACCCCAGAGGAAGCACCUCUAUGGCUUUUGGCACUCCAUCCAGUUUCUGUCCUCACUGGCGUCUCAGAGAAAGAGCUUUGGAUUUUGAUUCUUGGUGCUGCAUUUGGAUUUUCCUCAUACGGACCAAUUGCCUUGUUUGGGGUGAUUGCGAGUGAAAGCGCCCCUUCCAAUUUCUGUGGGACAUCACAUGCCAUUGUAGCUCUGAUGGCAAAUGUUGGUGCAUUUAUUGCUGGCCUGCCGUUCAGCACCAUUGCCAAGCGGUACAGCUGGGACACUGCAUUCUGGGUAGCAGAGAUCACCUGCGCUGUAACAACAGUUUGUUUCUUCUUUGUGCGUAACAUGCGCACAAAAAUGGGCCACGUGGCUAAAAAGAUGGAUUAAACCUCCAGUUAAAUGUGAUCACAACAGACAGCCCAGCCAAUGUGACAGCACAGAUAGCCCACCCAAAAUGAAUCCUUCUGUCAUUAUUUACUCAACCCUCAUGUCAUUCGAAACAUGUGAAACACAAAUUAAUUUGUCAUAAUCAAACAGUUUUGGUUUUCAUUGUAUUUUUUGUUUUGGAAGGGCGAGUAAAUCAUAAGAUUUUUUUUUUCUUUGGACAGUCUUUAACUUCUGUAAUGUCAGUGUUACUGUUAUACCUUUUUUUAUAUAUACAUUUUUAGAGUUGUCUGUUAAGCUUAUUCAUCUGCAAUAAUCACAACAUUCACACACUUCAGAGAUUAAGCGUCUCCACUGUACAUCUUUAAGAACAGAAUUUGUAUUACUAUAAGAACAGAAAUGUUUACACACUAGUAUGUUUACUUAGUAAAUACUAACAUGAAUACGGUUUAACUUAUCACAAGCUUUUUCAGCUUGUUAAUUUUUUUUUUGAGUAACAACUAGAGCUUAAGUUACGUGCUGAAUUGAGGAUCAUCUUUUUCCAGUCUACAGACUUACAUAGACACAUAUUGUUUUUUUGCACUUUAAAUACCUGUACUUUUGCCUUCAGUGUUACAGCAAAUUUGUACCUAGUUCAUACUUAAUGAAAAUAACAGUAUCCUUUAUGAUGUACAAAAGGUGUCAAAAUGUAGUAUAAAAAUUUAUUGUAACCAAGUUGUUGCAUACGUGUCAUUUUAUAUAAUUUUAAACAUUGGUCUUGAUAUUUUUUACUAUCUUCAUUAUUAUUUUAUUUAUUUUUGUGAGCUUCAUUUAUUUGGCCUAUUUCAUCUUUUUAGUAUAGUUUUACAUGUGCUGUGAGAUACCUUGUUUUUAUACAUUUAAUUUGCAUUAAAUUAAAAGUAAAUGUGAA